AUGAAGAAGUCGCGUAAAGUCCUGCUCACUGGCGCUGCUAUCACCCCCUCACUAGUCUGCCACAGCAUCCGUGUGGGCGCAAUCGCAGAAAAUGGCGGCAAGGAGAUUAUUCCGAACCUGAUUUACAUGUUAACGAACGAAUUCGUACAGUAUUGCUCGCUGGAGGAUUAUGACCGUCUGAUUCCCAUGGAAGCUCGGGAAGUUCUCAGGGAGAAAUCGCUGUACGAUAAAGAGGACAUCGAUCAGCGGAUUGAGACGCGUAGGCUGCUAUUCUGGCGCAACGCGGAGGACGGCGCUGCUAAAGUUGCAAUGGAUAUGGCGAAUAAGCUUGCGGAGUUUGGGAAUGGUCUUGACGACUUCACAGAUGUAUCAAGGGACGACUUUGAAGACAUGGUGAAUGUACGAGGCGAUCGCGAGGGUGACUAUCUUGCGGACAUGUACAUCGUUACCUGGAAGGCCGAGACAGAGACGAAAAAGGCCGUGCUGAAGCUAACCGGAUGUGGUGAAGCAGGAUGUGGUCACUUGUUUAAAGAAGUAAGAGCGUACUGCAGACUGAAGGAAUGUAGACAUGUACUGAAGCUGUAUCAGUAUGGCAUGUACUAUGACCAUCAUCGUGUCGGGUUAUGCAUCCUGACUGAGCUCCUGCAAGGCGUAGAUAUGAUUGUCCCCGUCACUGGGAAAAGAUCAAGGAAGCUUACGCAUGCCUAG